AUGACAUCCUUCAAUCAGUCUGGAGACACCAAGUUCACCGUGUUUAUUCGCCUUCCCUUCCCCAGGGGUGACUUUGUGGAUCCUUCUCCGGUUGAAUGGAACGCUGCCAAAGACCAGGCUCUCUGGAAUAUCCUUUCGCGCCCUUCCAAGGGAGAUGAUUUAGACUGGAAAGCACUGGCAGAUCAUUUUGAUGUAACACUGCAGUUUCUCCUUCAACAGGCAGCAUGGCUCUACGAUCGGCAGCUGUCACAAGUACGUGCACAGAUGAGUAGAGUGCCCACCACUCAGUCGACGUCUACAUCUCCUGCUCCUGGUUCGGUGACGGGUAGCACGGCGCUGGGUCAACAGACAAAAGGUGCCACCAAUGCAGGCCCUCGAGCUCCGUCGCGCCUCUCGACGCAGCAGAAAGAUACUCCUCCACAGCGUGCUCCCAUCCCCCGACGCACCAGCUCAACAACCACCGUUAAUCAAGUCAAAACUGCCCGUGAACCAGUCCACAACGAUACCCCUGUGGCGGAGCCAAGAGAACCUAAGCGAGAAAGCUAUGCCAAUCGACCAGCUGCAGGUAAAAGGGAGCAAGCUGCAGCUCCUUCGGCUCCGAAAUCCCCUCCUCUGGAAGAUGAUACGACCUCUAGCUCAUCUGAGUCCGAGUCCGACGACGACAACGGGUUUGGAAGUCGUCGUGGCCUGCGAUUCAAGCCCCCUUUCGGCAAAUUCUCCACGCAUAGGGCCAGCCUGAGGUACGACGAUGAAGAUGACGAUGAGUCCCCUGCUUUCCUGCCGGAACCAGAAAGGACGUCCCACGGAGCGUCUGGGCAGGAUCUUAAUGCUACGUUGAGGAUGAACGCCGAGGAUGUUUCUGAGUCACACCGACGCCCCUCAGCACAGACGAUUUCUAGAACAUCAGUCACAACCGAAUCAUCCGCAAGCUCUGCCAGUUCCGGAGUCCCAGUUGCACAUCCACAAUCUGACAGACGGCGACGGUUGAAUCAAAGCGGAGGGCCAUUGAGUCCUAGAAGAACUGGGGAACUGGCACAUUUCAGUCCGCGACAGUCUAUGGCUUUGCGGAGAGACGCGAGCGACGGGACUCCUAGUAUGGGGAGCAGCUUUAGUGACCUAGAUGGUGAGCUUCUCUUCUGGGCGCAUGAUAUCAUACUGACUCCUCGUCUAGAUGCGAGCGUCACGCAGUCCGCACUUGAGGAAGCACUCUUGAGCAACAUCCAGCACGGUGGGAUGGCCAGUCGCAUGAGCACAAUCAGCCAGGCGAUCCGUAGUCGAUAUCUAGGACGGGCGGAGGAUAGGUUCUCGUGA